AGAAGUGUGGUUGUCCGUUUCCUGCUUUGAGCUGAUGUGUGCACAGAACAGAGAAGAGAAACUUCCUCUCUGGCAGUGCAUUGCGAGGACGUCUUUUUUUUAAUGUUUUUUUCAAUUUCUGCCAAAUGCAGAAGACUAUAAUUUUAAAUAAACAGGAGCAUUUGUGAGAAGGAUAAUGAGCCGUGGAAAGAAUAAAACAGAGAGCAUCCAAAGCUCUCUGCUGAGCCAACAGGAGAAUGACAAGCUGGAGGAGCUUCUGGGCAGAAGGUGUGCUUCCAUUGCAACAGCAGUGUCCCAGCUGUUCAUGGCUCUGCCUAACAGCCCAACCAUGUGGAGCCUGCAGCACACUGGAGUGGUCUGCUUCGUCAAAGACAACCCUCAGCGCUCCUACUUCAUACGAAUGUUCGACCUGAAGGCUGGGAGACAGAUUUGGGAGCAGGAGCUCUACAACCAACUUGUUUACUCUACGCCUCUGCCCUACUUUCAUACGUUUGCAGCUGAUGACUGUCAGGUUGGGCUGAACUUCGCGGACCAACAGGAAGCGGACGCCUUCAAAAGCACCAUAGUAGAGAAAAUCAACCAAAGACAUACCCGUCAAGAGAAGAAACAGCGCCCCCCACCGGCAAGCGAUAGAUCCCUCCCCCCUGUUCCACCUGCAGUGGCAUCUCCCAGCCAUGCAUCAUUUCACAUGGCUACAGUGGACAUUCAAAACCCGGACAUCCAGUCGUCGCGUUACCGCUCCAUGCCCUCACCUGCCGUUCCCCCAGCUGUUUCUGACAAAGGAAAAAAGAACAAAAAGAACAAGAAAAAAGGUGUCAAGCUCUCCAAGGCAGAUAUAGGAGCACCAAGUGGAUUUAAGCAUGUAACACACGUAGGAUGGGACCCCAACAAUCUUGACCCUGACCUGUCGAAGUUACUCUCCCAGGCAGGCAUUUCUGAAACUGAUCUGAGGGAUGAAAAAACCUCCCAGCUAAUCUAUAAUGUCAUAGAGCAGUCAGGAGGCAUGGAGGCCGUGAAAAGGGAGGUGAACAGAGCUGGUCUACCUCCACCACCUCCACCCAGCAGACAAGGACCACUGCCUCCAGUUCCAGGCUCUGGGUCCUCUGCUCCAACCCCUCCACCCCCACGUAGUCGCUCAGGCCCCCUGCCUCCCAUUCCAGGCCAUUCGCAGCGAGGACCUCCUCCCCCUCACCCUCACGCUCCUCCAUCCCGUGGAGGCGUGCCACCCCCACCUCCAACAAGCCGAGGAGGUGCACCUCCACCUCCUCCACCAGCCCAUUCUUCAACUCCACCAUUUCCACCGUCUUCACGGCCCUCUCCCCCAGUGUCCUCCCACAGCAUGCCGCCUCCUCCUCCGCCCUCAAGCCAGCAUCGCUCCAUGGCUGUCCCUCCACCUCCUGUCCCAUCUACACCCAGCAGGGGUGGAGGAGGAGGGGGGGCUCCUGCUCCCCCUCCUCCCCCUCCCCCUCCGCCUCCUCAAGCUUCCGAUUUCCCACCUCCUCCUCCUCCCACUGGCGCACCCCAACCCCCUGCUGCUUCAUCAGGAGGAGGAGGAGACAGCAGAGGAGCUCUGCUUGAUCAGAUCAGAAGUGGAAAGAGUCUCAGAAAAGUAACAGAAAGCUCAGAGCCGCCUCCACCUUCGACGCCAGAGGGAGGAGAAGGCAUCGUUGGUGCUCUCAUGAUGGUCAUGCAGAAGAGGAGCAAAGUCAUCCAUUCCUCUGAUGAAAGCGAAGAGGAUGGAGGAUAUGAUGACGAAGAUGAUGAUGAAUGGGAUGACUGAUAAGGCAGCGUUUGCUGUGGAUUCUGAAAUGUUAGUUUUAUGCUAAUCAACUGUUACAUGUGAGGUUUGUUAUGAGGCCCAGGUGCUUCAAACUGGAAUAUGACUUAUAACUAUUGGAAACUAAACCUGUGCUGGAAUUAAUAAAACAUUUACUUUUAAUCUAAAUCCACAUGUUAGCUGAUUUGAAUGUGAAAUAAAGUGUUUAUAUAUGGUGUGUUAAGAGCCCCAGCUUACAUAAAUGGAAAAA